AUGUCUAUUUAUAACGCAUGCCAGGUGUGUGGAGAUCAGAGUUCUGGGAAGCAUUAUGGUGUCUCCUGCUGCGAUGGUUGCUCCUGUUUCUUCAAGCGCAGCGUCCGUAAGGGAACUCACUAUGCAUGCAUCGCCGUAAAGGGAAAUUGUGUCGUGGACAAGGCUCGUCGCAAUUGGUGUCCCUUUUGUCGCUUCAAAAGAUGCCUCGCCGUGGGAAUGAAUGUUGCUGCGGUUCAAGAGGAACGUGGACCGCGUGGACACCAGACUCACUCUAAUCAUAGUCCCACUCCUAAUCCCAAUCACAAUCGAAGGCUACUGGUUGUCACCCCGCCACCCCCACCUCCAUCGGGUGGUCAGGCGUUGCACUUUCAGAUCUUAGCUCAGAUAUUGGUUACGUGUCUUCGUCAAGCGAAGUUAAAUGAACAGUUUCGAUUGCUGGAACGCGCCCAACAGGAUGCUAUUCUCCAGGUGGUGUGGAGCGAGUGCUUCAUCCUGCGAGCAUCGCAUUGGUCUCUCGACAUAAGCGCCAUGAUUGAAGGAUGUGGCGAUACUCAACUCAAGUUGCUUCUUUCCGAGGCACAACAAUUGCGUGCCGAUGUCAUGGAGCUUAACUUUCUGGAAACGCUCAUUCUAAGCCGAAAAGAACUCGCCUUGAAUGCCGAUUAUGCGUUAGUUUUGGAGACACACGCAAAUGGAGCACUUUGUUCUUUGGCUCGAUAUACGCUGCAUCGUUCCCAUUGGCUCCGCUUUGGCCAACUUUUGCUUGGCUUACGUCAACUUUGUGUACGGCGUUACGAUUGUGCGUUUUCUUGUAUGUUUCGCAAUGUUGUGAGUGAUAUUUUAAAAACUCUUUGA